UAGUAUAUAAUACACUACAGUUGAGGAACAAUGGGAAAGUAAUUAUGCUUUGAAAGUUGAUAAACUUGUAACCUCACGUUUGAGAAAAUUGCCCCUUAAUGUUUUUGUACCUACUAUUGAGCUCUUCUUUUGUCGACACCCAUUCAGCAUUGUUCACACGUUCUUAAGAUUUAGCCACAAUCAUCACUUUAAGGAUUAACAUGUGAGGCUAUAUACUUAACAACCGAAGAUUUCAAGACUAAAGAUUAAUGCUGGAGCAUCCACUAUAAAAGGCCCUACAAUUGGGAAGUGAAGAAUGGUCAGACUUCGUUUGCUCUGCCAGAAAAACAACGAUCUAGAGAGACUUCUGUGACUCUUCUAAGAUACAAAGUGAGGGAUCCAAACUGUGUACAUUUUGAAGCCAUGAGCAGGAGAUUCAGUGAAGUUCAACGUCCCUCCACAGUGUCCUCUGUGACCGAGCCCAUGUGCGUACUCACCACAGAGUGGGUGUGGUUCUGGGAGGACGAGUACGGAAAAUGGGUCCAGUACGCAUCCAUCAAAGAGAUGCACAGAUUGUCGUCCAUCACCAGUGAAGACCUUGAGAAAAGGUUCCAGGAGGAUCAAAGUGCUGUGGUGAAGUUCACUGCAGGCCAGCAGUCUUAUGAGCUGAGUUUCAGAGACAUGACGCAAAAAAACAAAAGAUACGGUUACUGUAAGGAUGGUCAGGCGUCGUCCUGUGUUUGUUUCAACUGCAGACAGCAGGACAAAUAGAACAUACAAUUCCUCUCAGAAUUUCAGAGAUGUUCCUGGAUUUUGGGACAAGUCUGCCAUACCUGACAUUGGAUAUAAGAAGGUCCAGAGACUUUUCAACAACACCAUGAGGGGCUUCCAGAUCACCAGCAUCGAGAGGGUCCAAAACAGGGACCUCUGGGAAGUCUUCCAGUGGAAAAGAGAUUUGAUGAAGAAAAACAAUGGGGGUAGAAACAGCAAGGAGCUACAUCUCUUCCACGGAAUGGACCCAAAACACGUAGACGCCAUUUGCAGAGAUAACUUCGACUGGAGGCUGUGUGGAACCAAUGGAACUGUGUAUGGCGAAGGGAGUUACUUUGCCAGGGAUGCCAAGUACUCGCACUGCUUCACCAGCCACUCAGGAGUGAGGUCCAUGUUUGUUUGUUGGGUGCUUGUUGGUGACUACACACAAGGGAAGUCGGACCUCCGUCGCCCCCCUCCAAAAGGCGAGGGAAAUCCCACUUUCUAUGACAGCUGUGUGGACAAUGUCCUGAACCCAUCCAUAUAUGUGGUGUUUGAAAAGCACCAGGUGUACCCCGAGUUCCUCAUCAGAUAUGAUGAUGGCCCAGCGCCCCCCUCGUACACCCACUACCCCAGCCAGUACCCCCUUUCGUACACCCAGUACCCCCUCUCAUACACCCACAACCCCAGCCAGUACCCCCUUUCGUACACCCAGUACCCCCUCUCAUACACCCACAACCCCAGCCAGUACCCUGUUUUAUGCACCCACUAG